GUUUGGUCACCGACGCGAGGGGGCGGUAGUGGUUCUUUCAGACUUCUACCACGACUUACCCGCGCAACUCGCGUAAAAGGAGAAAGUAAACAAACACCAAACUAGCAAACAGUCAGAAACAUCAUGAGUGUGGACGUGAAGAAACUGAAAGUAAACGAAUUAAAGGAUGAGCUCCAGCGCCGAGGCCUGGACACCAGAGGCCUGAAGGCGGACCUGGUGGAGAGGCUGAAAGCCGCUCUGGAGGCUGAAGCUCUGGACGAUCCUUCAGGACAAGAAGAGGCAGGGGAGCAGGACGAAUACAGCGAGGACUUUCAAGAAAACGAGGAUGGAGAGGAUGCUCCCGAACAACCAGAGGCAGCAGAGGACUAUGGUGAUGAGGAAGAAGAUGAUGGUGAAGGUAAUGCUCCUCAAGAGGAAGAUGAGGGCCGAGAUUCAGGCGGUUAUUAUGAGGAAGAGGAGGCAGAAAAUGAGCCCGAUGGAAAUCAACAAACAUCAGACUCGGGACAUGGCAUGCCUGACUUCACUGCAGAUGAGGAUAUUGAAGAAUCAAACACGGAGUCUGAGGAGGCGGCAAAGCUAGAAGUGAAGCAGGAGGAAAACAUCAAGACAGUGCAAGAAAUCAAAGUGGAAGUCAAAACCGAACAAGACGCUGAGGCUGUUGAGGACAGAAGCCAAGAGACUCAGGAUGCAGACCAGCAGCGUGGGCAAGAUGCUGCAGGCCAGGCCGAGCAAGUCAAAAUGGAAGGCGACAGGGGUGGAAACUACAGCCGCAAGAGACCAUAUGAGGAGAACAGGGGUUACGGCUACUACGAGCAUCGUGAGGAGAAAAGGUCUCGAACUCCACAGCCUCCUGCUGAAGAUGAGGAAGAGAACAUCGAUGACACUCUUGUUACAAUUGAUACAUACAACUGCGAUCUCCACUUCAAAGUGUCCCGGGAUCGGUACAGUGGAUAUCCUCUGACCAUAGAAGGCUUUGCUUACCUGUGGGCCGGAGCACGAGCCUCUCAUGGUGUCACCCGGGGUCGAGUGUGUUACGAAAUGAAGAUCAAUGAGGAAAUUCCUGUAAAACACCUGCCCAGCAGUGAGCCUGAUCCCCACGUGGUCAGAAUCGGAUGGUCUAUCAACCACUCCAGCACUCAGCUUGGUGAGGAGCCUUUUUCCUUUGGAUAUGGAGGAACGGGAAAGAAAUCUUCUGACUGCAAGUUUGCAGACUACGGUGAGAAGUUUGGUGAGAAUGACGUCAUCGGCUGCUACAUUGACUUUGAGAGCGACAAUGAGGUGCAGAUGGGCUACUCCAAGAACGGAGUGCACAUGGGUGUUGCUUUCCGGACCACCAAGGAAGAAUUGGCAGGACGUGCCCUGUUCCCUCAUGUGUUAGUGAAGAAUUGCGCAGUUGAGUUCAACUUUGGGCAGAAACGAGAGCCUUACUUCCCCCCACAAGAGGGAUACACCUUCAUCCACAAUCUUGACAUGGAGGACAAGAUCAGGGGCACGAAGGGACCUGCAAGCAAAUCUGAAUGUGAGAUUCUGAUGAUGGUGGGUCUGCCUGCCUGUGGAAAGACUACAUGGGCCAUAAAGCAUGCAGAGUGUAAUCCUGAGAAAAAGUACAACAUCCUGGGCACGAACGCCAUAAUGGACAAGAUGAAGGUGAUGGGUCUGCGGCGCCAGAAGAACUACGCCGGGCGCUGGGAUGUUCUGAUUCAACAGGCCACCCAGUGUCUGAACAGACUGAUCGAGAUCGCCGCCCGCAAGAGACGCAACUACAUCCUGGAUCAGACAAAUGUAUAUGGAUCAGCAAGGAGACGAAAAAUGCGUCCUUUUGAAGGUUUUCAACGCAAGGCUAUUGUAAUUUGUCCCACGGACGAGGAUUUUAAAGAACGAACAUUAAAGCAAACCAAUGAGCAGGGGAAGGAUGUGCCCGAUCAUGCUGUUUUAGAAAUGAAAGCCAACUUCACUCUCCCGGAGCCUUGUGAAUUCCUGGAAGCGGUGACCUACGUUGAGCUGCAGAGCGAUGAGGCUGAAAAGCUGCUGAAGCAGUACAACGAGGAAGGCCGUAAGGCUGCCCCACCCCCUGAGAAACGCUUUGACAACAGGCAGGGCGGGUUCCGCGGCCGCGGCAGUGGAAACUUCCAGCGGUAUGACAACCGGGAUGGAUCCCGCGGUAGUUACCAGAACCGCAGCGGAGACGGAGGAAGUGGAUACAGAGGAGGCUACAACCGUGGCAGCUACAACCAGAACAGGUGGGGCAACAGCUAUCGUGAUGGAGGCUCUGAUUCACGUGGUGGAUAUAACCGCAGCCAGUCGUCAGGGGGAAGCUACAAUCGCCCAGCUCCUUACAACAAGGGAGGAUACAACCAGGGCUACAGCCAGAGCUACAGUCAGGGAUACAAUCAGGGCAGCUACAACCAGAAUUACUAUGGCAACUACAGUCAGUAUCCAGGAUACAGCCAAAGCUACAGCCAAACACCUGCCACUGCACAGACGUACAACCAUCACCAGCAACAGCCAGCGCAGCAGCAGCAGCCGCAGCAGCAGCAGACCUACAACCAGCAAUAUCAGCAGUACGCCCAGCAGUGGCAGCAGUACUACCAGAACCAGAACCAGUGGAACCAGUAUUACAGCCAGUACGGCCAGUACCCUGGACAGGGCAGCCAAGGCUCGUCUUCUGGUUCUCAGUAGCUCUGGUUUGCAUCUGCAAUUGCAUCUGCCGGUCCCUCCCCUCCUCCCCGACACCGCUGACCUCUGCAGCAAGUUGAUUUUUGUACAGUCCCACACUAAGUCGCCCACCUUCCCAUUCUGUCCAGUUUGACCCAGUAGCCUUCAUCCCUCACCAACGUGCGCAUAACCUGUAAACAAUUUGAUGUCUUCUGAUUCUUUUCGCUGAGUCUUAACUUUAAGCAUCGACGUGCGGUGGUAGACGAUAGCUCGUGUAAUGAAUGUUAAUGAUCAUGCAUCUGAAGUGGGCGUGUGACAGAUCUCAGAGCUUAUUGUAUAUUUUUAGGAUGCACAGUGUGAAAAACGACUGGAAACGAGCAGCAAAGCCAGAGUCAUUUUUGCUUGCUUUGAGAAGCUUAACAGAGAACAAAAACUGCAUGCUUUUUACCCUCAUGACCCGCUCCACUGUCUUGCUCUUUACUUUUCAGUUACCGAGUGAGCACAUUUUAUUUACCAUUAUGGGACGUUUUUUUAUAGGUGAUGAAACUGUAGUAUUUAAUCGUCUUUGAUUAAGAUUUUUUUUGCAAUUCUUGUCCAGUAGUUCAAUGUGCAGGAUUGUUUCUUUAGUUUUCAUCCCUUUGUGAUUGUUCACUGAAAAAUUAGAUAAACCCUGUUGUGUCCAACCCGUGUUUUUCUAUCUUUGAAUGAAAACCUGAUUUUGACCAGUUAUGCAAGCUGUCUUGUCUUUAUACAAUAAACACAGUUGUAUACACCUGUA